AAAUAGUCGUUACUAAGUAUAUAAAUCCGUUAUUUUUGAUAACUUGCAAUUAUUAUUACGCUCGCGAGUUAGUAUUAUUUAUGAUUAAUUGACUAAAUAUGGAGAUACCGAUUGUUAAAGUCAAUGAGGGUAAAUUACGCGGUAUCAAAGACUUAAAUUAUAAUGGAGUUAAUUUUUACGCUUUUCGAGGUAUUCCGUAUGCGAAGCCACCAAUUGGAGCAUUAAGAUUCAAAGAUCCUGAACCCUUGGAACCGUGGUCUGGUACCAAAGACGCAACUCAAUAUGCCAGCAAGUGCGCGCAAAUAAACUGGUUUUCUAGAAAAAUAAUGGGAACCGAUGAUUGUUUGUAUUUAAAUGUUUAUACAACGGAAUUGAAUCCAAAAAAUUUAAAAGCUGUAAUGAUUUUAAUACAUGGUGGAAAUUUUUCAUUUGGUUCUGGUGAUGAUGACAUUAAUGGGCCGGAUUUUAUUGUAGAGAAAGACGUCAUUUUGGUGGCAAUAAAUUAUCGCGUUGGAAUAUUGGGAUUCCUUAAUUUGGAUGAUGAACAAGCGCCAGGUAAUCAGGGAUUAAAAGAUCAGGUUAUGGCAUUGAAAUGGGUUAAACGUAAUAUAAUUAAAUUUGGUGGGGAUCCAGAUAAUGUUACUAUUUUUGGAUACAGCGCUGGAAGCGCUUCAGUACAUUAUUUAACCCUUUCACCGUUGGCUCAAGGAUUAUUUCAUAAAGCUAUUCUACAAAGUGGCGUUGCUACAAACUCAUGGGCUAGUGUUUCCGUAGAAUCUAUGAAAGAUACUGCGGAAAAAAUCACAGCUAUACUUGGUUAUAAGACAAAAGACGCCAAGGAGCUUGUCGAGUUUCUCAGAAAAGCGGAUGUUGGGGAUAUACUGAAAGCAGAAGCAUCACUUUUUAGUUGGAAGAACAGACUGAGUAUCAACACAUUUGGACCCUAAAUCGAUUCAAAAUCCAAGACUCCAUUUAUAGAAAUUCCAAUAGAGGAAGCUGUUAAUUCGGGGAUUAAAGUACCAUGCAUAUUCGGCGUUACUAGCCAUGAAGCAAUAAUGACUCUUACCGAACUGACCGAAGAAAAUUUAUCAGAAAUUGAUGCUGAUGAAGGCAAAUUACUGCAUCCGACAGUAAGAAAUUUCUUAGACCAACAAAAAAUUUCAUUUGAAAGUAUCAGAAAAUUUUAUAUGGCCGACAAUAAAAUUUCACUUGAAAAUAUCCAGCGAUUUGUUGAUCUUAUGAGUAUGACAAAUUUUUUGAUUAAUAUUUAUCAUAUCGUUAAAAUUCAGCAGCAGUUUCUUAAUGUGCAAACUUAUUUAUUUAAAUUUGAUUAUUACAAUAAAAAUACGUCUAUGAUGCAAAAAAUAAUGCGAACGAAUUUGAAAGGAGCGUGUCACUGCGAGGACGCAAGCUACUUGUUUAAUAUGAAAGCCUAUAAAAAAAUAGGAAUAGAGCCGCCAAAAUCAGGCUCCAUCGAGCACAAUAUUCAGCAGCGAUUUAUUGAAUUAUGGACCGCAUUUGCAAAAACCGGAAAUCCUAAUAAUCAUCAAUCUCAUAAGCUGAUUCCUGUCGAAUGGAAACCUAUUGGUAAUGACCCCGUAGAAUUCAAUUGUUUGAAAAUUUCUGCCGAACUUUGUCUAGCCAAGGAAAUGAAUCCUCUGUACAAUCUGUUCAAUGCCUGUUAAUACAUUUGAUAGGUCAGCUACUCUGGCGGACUCAAUAUUCCGGUAGAGUUACGGACAUGUCUAUUUAGACGUAAAAAAAUCCUGAUAAAUCCGUGCUUCGUGAAUGUCACUUCUUUAAUUUUAUGGUGAAUUUCCUAUCCAUUUACUUGGUCUCUAUUGGCAGAUGGCACCAUGUAAACUUUCUAUUCGAGUGAUUACAUCCAAAGUAAACCUGAAAUUUUAAGGUAAAUUUACCGUUGAAUCACGGAAUAUUGACAGUACUAGCACGGUAAAAUUACCGGACCAUUACGGCAUAUACCCGUAACACUGUCGUAAUUUUACGGUAGAUUACCGUAAGGUAUGGUAGACCUACUGUAUUACUACAGUAACCCCACCGCCCCACCGUAAUAUUAGAUAUUCCAGGGUAAAUUUUAAAUAAAAAAA